AUGUCCUUGGAGAAGAAGCAAAAGAAGCAGGUCAUCAUAGCGGAGAACACGACUGGGUAUCACCUCCCAAAUGACCUGCCAUGCCGCUGGCAUGUCAAUGGGACGAUGGACUUCGUCAUCCUGGCUACGCCGUUUGAGACGGAAGCAUACCAGCGGCAGGAUGCCACCGUUGACACCAAUCAGCAGGAGUCCCAGCCAGCUGCCGCAGUACAGCACGAUUCCCUCAUUACCGCUGCUGGCCGGCAGGAUGCGAGCCGCUGGGCAGCGGCAGGAUGCUACAGCCCACACCAUGCGGAAUACCUCGCUCAAAUAUGUAUCCCUAAUACCGCCGGAUCCAGCUACAUUUACUACAAACAAAAAUACGGACUGUCAGAUGAAUGUGCCGAGGGCAAGGAACCGCUGUGGCCUGUAUCCGUUCAGCACGAAACCCACUACUUCAUCUUCGCUGUGGCCGUAACACACAUCCUCUACUGCGCUGUGACAAUUGCGCUGACGCUCCAUAAGGUGGCCACUUGGCGCCAGUGGGAGGAUGAGGCGCUGGCGGAGGCCAAGAGCAGCUCCGGAGACGUCAAGGUCAUGCAGGAGACCGUGUCACGCUCCCUCAUUCGCUCCAUGUGUACCUCGGCACUGGCGGCGAUGUCGGCUCGCAGCGCCGCUGUGGACCUUGUGGCGCACGUUAAGGCGCUUGCCACGUCUGUGGCCGCCCAGUUCCGGGUCUCCGUGUCGCAGCCCAUGUACCACAACGUACGGCUGCUGUUCAUAGAGAAGAUGGGGCUUACCUACGAUUUCGAUUUCCAUGCCCUCGUGACGAACGGCAUGGAAAACCAGCUGGCGCAUGCGGUGCAUGCGUCCUGGCCAUUGUGGAUGAUUGCCACGUUUUUCCUCGUACUCCCAAAUCCGUCGUACGUUCCAUUUUGGUCGUACUGCGUGGUGAUGCUGCUUAUGCUGGUGGUGGCAAUCAAGUACGGCGACUCGGUGCUGUUCGGUCGCAUGGAGAUGGAGCCCCGAGCUCUGGUGCGCACUGGACCCGCCCGCCGCCGCAUGAGCCUCUCCCAGCUGGCCGACGCGUUGGGCGACGCCGUUGACGGUGCCGCUGACGGCAUACUCCUUUCCGCCGACGGCGGCGACGGCGGACAUGGCGCAGGCGGCGAGGGCGGUGCCGGCGUCGCAGUCACGGGAGGCGGUACCGGCGCUCAUGUGCUGGACGAGGCGCUACCCGCGGGCUCCGGUGCGGAGGUCCAGGCGCAGGUGGCGGCGAUUACUGCUCUCACGAGCCGGGAGGAGGCGGUGAACUUGCUGCGGACGAUGGCGGCGAGGCCGUUGCUGCCUGAGCCACAUCCACCACCUCUCCUGCUACAACCCAAGACGUCCGAGCUACGGUCGCAAGCAGACGCCGCCGCCGUGGCCGCGAGCACCGUGAGCCCUGCUGGCAACGGUGCAGCGGACGCGGUAAGCACCGCCGGCACGCCCAAGCUCAUGCCUUCUCCCAGCUUGCUGCAAGGAAUCGCGCCGCCGCGGUGGGGUCCCCGUCCGGCGGCGGCGGCGGCGGCGGCAGCACCGCCGCAGCUGUCUAAGUUGCCAGCGCCACCAGCGAUUCAGAAGAAGAAGAAGAAACCGCACGCGCCGCCGCCGGUCAGGGUCCCGGCUCCCUUACCGGACAUUCGGCCGAUAAGCCCGGUCCUCAACGUUGGCGGUCCCUCCGGCCCUGCCGGCACACACAGUACCGUGAGCCCUUUCACCGCCACCAGCCCUGCAAGCCAACUAACUUACCCCAGCCCAGGGCCUGUCGUGCCGCCGCAAGAAGGUUCCGGCGACAUCGCAAUCACGGUCGCGGCCCCUGACGGCUCGGCGACCGCCGCCGCCACUAACGGCAGCAGCGACCCUGUCGUCUCCCAGUUGACGUCGACAGUACGGCCUUCCUCUGCUGUACGGCCAUCGACGGCAAGCCUCCUGCGCACUGCCGCCGCCGCUGCCGCCGUCAGGCCGAGUUCUCCGCCCCUGCCUUCUCUGUUGUCACUGCCACCGGGCGGUACGAUAUCGCCGCUUCUGGCGACAGGGCUGCCAGGUAGCCGGGGCUUGAACGCGGUCGUGGCGGCCGCCACGUGGGCCAACACCACCACGCGCCGCAACACGUCCCGACCCAGCGCGGGCCUUAUGCUUUGCGGCGUGGCCACGUCACGUGUGGCCACAGCGUUGGAACAAAUGCAGGAAGCCGCGGCGAUUGCAGCGACGGCCGCGGAGCUGUCCGCAUCAGAACACCCCGAAAUCCUUAGUUCCCUGGCUACCCCUGGCGCCGGCAGCGUUGGCGUUCCUGUCGCCGCCACAGGCGUUGGCGGUGGUGGUGGCGUUCGGCCUGUGACGCCGUCAGCCGCCACAGCCGGCGUGGCAGGCUUCCUGACGUCCCUUCGGCGGAGCCGUAUCGGCCGCCUAACGGACGACUCACGGCGCCUGACGGAUAUGCACCGGUUAACUGACAACACCGACGGAGGUUUCCUCAGCCCCCGACUAGUGCCGCGGCAAGUUAGUCGCGUGGCAAUGCAGCAGACCGGAACAGACGGCCUGCUGCCUACUUCACGACGUCGGCAUACGGAGGCGGCGGGUGGCAUCAGCAGCGACGCCGCGGCUGCGUACACGUUGAAUCCGGCGGCCGCGGCUGCCACCGCCGCCGCUGCGGCGGCAGCCCUCCUACGACAGUUGCCCCCGGCGCGGCCGAUCCGGCGCUGCAUGUCAGCUCGGCAGCUCAUAUGCACGAGCCGUAUCGGCGAAGAAGACUUCUCAAAGACCUUGGUACGGCCCCAUGCCGCCAACGCGAACGACGCGACUUAUACGAAUAGUGGUGUCUGCGCACCGAAGAGUAAGGCAGUGGUUCUGCGGCCCGGCGGUGUCCAGGACGACUCAGCUCUCGGCCUACAAGUGGGCUUGGACCUCCUGCCGGCGCCGAAUUUCGGACCACGAGCCUCUGCGGGGGGUCCCCUGAACAGCCCCAGAUUUCCCAAACUCAGCACCGCGGGGCUUCCUAUCGGUCUUUUCGGGCCUAGGAAGAAGGCUAAGAAGGCGCAACGCCCCUCCGCCGCUGCGGCCGAGCUGCAGGCCGGCGCCAUCGUGACGUCUACGUCAGAGGCUGCGGGCGGCGGCGAAGAAGUGAAUGUACAGUCGGGAGUCUUGGGGCCGCAAGUUACAGGAGCGCCGGCGCCGCUGGGGCCAGAGCUGAUGCUUUCGUUGACGGCGGUGGCCCCGGAGAUUUCCGGUUCUGCUGCGGCGAAGCCGUCUCAGGAGCUCCCGGUUACAGCGGCGACAGUGGCAGCUGAGGAUGCGGCAGCUAAGGUGUCGGAGCCGGAGCCAUCUGCGGCGGGGCCCCCGGGUGCCGGCGCGUUUGUAGCAGCCGCGCCGCGUACUCGUGGCGCCGGCGCGUCUGCGUUUGCACUGUUCCAAGAGAAGAUGCAACAGGGUGUGGGCGGCGUCAGCGCUGCCCACGCAACUAGCGCCACGGUUGACCUGGCAUCCGUGUACGACUCCUUGUCGACGAUGCUGCCCCCGCCUCCCCCGCUAUCGCCGGGCACGGUGGCUUCGAUGCUGCCUGGCUUUGUACUAGUGACCGAUAACGGCAGCAGCGGCGGUGGCGCCGCCGCUGCCGCCCCCUCCCCACCGCCGGCGCCUACAGGCUCGAUAACUGACGGCGUCCGAGCCGGCGAUGCUGGCGAAGAGCAGCAGACGGCCGUUCCAUCUCCCCGUGGACCAACAAGCACGGACACGAGCACGCAGCUGGCGGAAAGCCCAACGUCACCUGCACCUGCCGGGGUGUCCGUGGACCCGCUGCCGUCACCCCUGGGUCCGCCAGAUCUGAGCUCCUCUCUGGAGGUAUCGCGCCCACGCAGUGGCCUACGUGUCUUACGCAUGGGAGAUGAUGGCCCAUGGGUCACCGUUGAAGAGGCUGUCACCCUGGCCAUGGGGACAAGCGCGAUGGACUCCAUGGACUCGACUGGUGCCGCCGCCACCGUGGCGGGAGCAGCAGCGGAGCCCAUCGACGGCAGAUAUGUGAACGAUGACGAGUUGGACGAGAGGCCGCCGACGCAGCAGGAGCAGCAGCACGGCGCAUCGCUGUUGCUGCUUCCAAACUCUCCUGAGCUACGUGAGACCACCUCCCUGGAGGCGCCGCUGCCGCGCGGUGGUGGCGGCGGCAGCGCCGCCGGCGACGAGCCCGCUGCUGGGGCGCGGCAACGCGGAUUUUCCUCUGUUUUCUCAAUGAACACGUCCCCCCGGCUGGACCAGACUUCCUGGUCCCAACCACCACCACCGCCGGCAACCUCGGGAGAGGCCGUUUCCAUUCCGCCUCUCGCGGCAGACGCCGCUGAACGGCCCUGUUUACCCGGCGGCGGCGACGGCGGCGCAAUCCGCACUGCAGCCGCAGUGGAAGGCAGCGGUGAGCUGUCGGCCGCUGCACCCGAGUCAGAGACGGAGUGCACUGAUGGCGACGGGGACAAUGGCGGUGAUGAUGUGGCCUCGAACGGGCCCCAGGCCAGCGGCUAUGGACUGGCAGCGGCCGCCAGCGACGGGAUCACUGACGGUUACGAGGAGCUCACUCUUGGUGGCGCAGCUCUGCGGCUCGCGACGGCAGCAGCCACGGAGACGUCAGCGCGCGGAGGGGCGGAGCUGCCGCCCAGCCCAACCGGAAUGGGGAUGCCCAUGAUCCUGCAUUUCCUGGAGACCGUGCCCGAGGAUGAGGAGGCGGAAGCAGAGGCGCAAGCGAGAGAGGUGGCAGACGCAGCGUUUUCGGACGCAAACGCAGAUGAGGUGGUGGCGGCGGCGGCGGCGGCAACGGAGUUGCAGGACCUGCGUGAUUCCCGACGAAGCUCAAGAUGUGCCGCUGCAGAGGAGGUCGACAGUACGGCAAAGUUGGAUGAGGUGCAGACCAUCGGAUCGCCGUCGGCGCAGCCACCACUGCUGGCCCCCGGGAGGACAGGCACGGAUGAUAACGGUAACGACAACCGUACCACCAGUGAGCACGAGGGCGGGGGCUACUCCCGAAGUGAAUCCCUUAGCAGCCCUGGAAAUGAAGGACAGAAUGAUUCAGCAACACAACAGGGAGAUGGGCCGGCGGGUGAGCUUGGCUCGGACCUCGAGUCUACUUUUAGGGGAUUUGGCCUGGCCGGCGCUGGCCGCAGCGCCGUCGACCUCGACCGUACGGCACCGCGCAUUGGCCUUGGCAUGAACCAGCAAGGCGAGCCUCCGACGCCGCCAAGGAUUUCCUCUCGCGCCGCAAGCUCCCUGGGCUCACAGGGGGUGCGGGGAUCUGGUAGCGCGGUGUCGCUGCUGUCCCUGGCGCCGUGGGGCGCGGAUGGCGGCGGCGGCGGCGGCGGCGGCGGUAGCGAGUUUGAGCCGUCUCGGCCGCCUAGUGUGAGCGUGGAGCGAUGCUCCGGCAGCGGGAGCGUUAGUCGACCAGAGUCGGCGGCUGUGGCUGCGGCUGCGGAAGUUGACGCUGCUGGCGGCCGUGGCAGCCGCAGCGCCAGUCCUCGUGGGAAUACAUGGCCAGAGAGAGGCCUUUCCAGGCAGGACGAUACGGAGGCAAUGCCGCCGCCACCCCCAGCGCCACCAGUGCCGCCGCCAGCGCCCCCACCGCCGCCGCAGCUGUGCAUUGGCGGCACGGCGGCAGGUGCCGAGCGCUGGGCUGUGGUGGUGCCGCCGUCGCUGCGUGGCGGCAUCAGCCACAGCGGUCGCCGAGGAGCUUGUGCCUCCGGGUCCGGGUACACGCUCCCCAGCGAUCACAACGGCGUUCCGGAGGCUGGUCUGUAUAGCGCUCAAAGCGUGGGUGACCUGCGGGUCGGUCCCGUGUGCGAGGGCGUAGGAACGGUUGGGCGCGAAGAUGUGCUGAUGCCGGUGCAGCCGUCGACGAAUCCGUCCACCGCCGCUGCCGCUGCCGGCGGCGCUUGCGAUACCACCACCACCACCACCACCGCCGCCUCCACCACCACAUUCGUGUCGCCAUUCGGCGAUGAGAGCCUCCGAACCACUGCCGCCGGCAUCGCGGCGGGGCACAUAUGGCGUGACCUGGCGAAAGAGCACCACGAUCAGCGCCACGCAGGCCAUGGCAGCGACAGCGAAAGCGACGACGGCAUUGGCUGCUGUCACACUCUGUGGCCACCAUGCGUGCCCAAGCCGUGGCACCGCCGGCAGGUGAUGCCGCUGCCGGCGCCGGUGCGCGACCUGAAGAACAACCUGGCAGCAGGCAUGGAUAAGGCCAAGGUAGCGCUCGCGAGCGCGGCUGGUGACGUGGCGGGGAAGCUGCAUGUCAACAGGCAGCAGAGCAAGCAGCUGCAACGCAAGGUCAGCGACCACUGGCUAGAGCGGGUGCGGAAUAUGCUGGCGGCCCACAAGGGCUUCGAGACCAUGGACGCAUCAGCGUUCUUCUGGUUCCAUAAUCCCAAGGUCAUCGCCUACCUAUUCAACUGGGUAUACUACGAGAACAGCCUGUCCAUCGCCAUGCUGAUUUUCUCGCUCAUCCUGGGGUAUCAACAGAAGUGGGUGUUCAAGGGCACGCCUACCUGGGCGGUGGGGCUGCUGCUGCUGGCCGAUGUGCUCAUCCUGGUACACUCGUGCCUCUACGUGCUGCCGCUGUACGCGCUCAUCACUCCGGUGGGCUCGCAUUGCCCCAAGGAGGUGCUGCGUCGCGCCCUCAAGGCGGGUGUCUUCACGCGCCAGACCGCCCUCAUUGCCAAGGCGCUUCACCUGCAGCUCAAGGCCAGAGAGGCCGCCGCGGCGGCGCCGCCGCGGCACUCGUUAAUAGACCGCAUUAACCAGCACUGGCGGAAGAGCGGCGGAGUGGGACCCGUCAGCAGCGCUGGCCAAUCGUUUGACCGCACAGCCCAUCAAGGCCAGCAGCCCGGUGGCGGUGGCGGCGACGCCGCUCUGCUCCUCAGCGCAAACGGAACCUUGAGCCCUAACGGUCAUCUGGCCUACCUGCUCAGCCUCAGCAGCGGGGGAGUAAAUGGGGCGUUGAGUCCCAGCGCAGGCACCUUAAGCCCGCCGAAAGGCGGCGGCGGCAGUGGUGGCGGUGGUGGCGGACUCCACGUCGUUGGCAGCGGGAAUGGCGUCGGUGCCCAAGGUGGAGGCAGCGGCGGUGGAGUGAAAGAUGUCGCCCAGUUGCACGCCACAUCUUUGAAGGUCAUAGACCUUACGGAGCCGGGGCCCGUAAGGGGCAGGGAUUCUGCCGCUCCUGCACCGGCGGCGGCCGCGGGCCCCAUCGCCGUCUCGUCCAGUCCUGAGACUAUCAUUCGCAGCGAUACCGCCGCUGGGGACGGAGCCGGAGGCGGUAGUGUGGCGGCUCUCGGCCUGGCGCCGCCGCCACGGUCAGGUCCAGCAGCUCCGCAAGCACAGCCGUCGGCGGCGGCAGCUGCGGUUGGUUUGUCAGUUGAAGGCAGCAGCAGUUUUACACAUGAGGCGGUAGCUGCCGGCGCCGUUCCGGUUCCGGUUCCGGUUCCUCGCAAGUUGUCGCACCUGCGGCCGCCGGAGGGUGCGGAGGCCCGAGGUGAUGGUGUGGUGUCGGCGGCGCAGCACAGUCCCGUGCCGCCGGCACCUGGGGGACCCCACAUCGCCGCCACAGCCGCACAUCCCCAUCCCACCCCUGGCCCCCUAGCCCGGCUGAUGAAGCCCUUCCGGCCGGCUCAGCCUGCUCCGCCACCGUCGGCAGCGGUGGCCCCCACCGCAGCCGCAUCGGGACGGGCCGUUGCAGCUGCGGGCCCUUCUCGUGAAGCGAGCAGCCGCCACAGUCAGCUCAGUAACGCACAGGAUGACGUCGUGCCGUUUACCAGCAGCGGCGCGACGCCGUCUCCCAGUGAUAGCAUGCUGGGGAUGCCAGCUGCGACUGCAGGGAAUGCGGCCGCGGCUACUGCGCCGCCGCGGCUUCGACAGAGCCUGCAGGGCGGCCCUUCCACGGACUUGCUGGACAUGUCGUUGAUGCGUGACGGAGGGCUGCAGCGGCAAGGCAGUCGGGACUCUUUCUCUAGCACGGUUGGGAACUUGGGCACCAUCCGGGCGCUCAUGGACGGGAUGUACCGGCGCACAGGGCACGUCGUGUCGUUCUUCCAGGAGGCGGAAUCAUACGGCUUUCGUCCUCGGCGUGACCGUGUUGCCAGCACAUCGGGAUGCGGUGUCCGAGUUGCCCAGCUGCUCCUUUCUAGAGCGAGAUGCUUCACGGCGUUAGCUGGUAUUCAUUUGGUAGUGUCCAUACCUUUCGUGAGCUGCAGGCCAGCAUCUGGACAGGGUUGUCCCUUGGGGCCCCUUGUACCUAGCUUGCUGCUCCCCGCUGGGCCAGGAACGGGCAAGUACCCGGGCGCUAUGGACAGCUGGAACGCGGGAACUGCUGUGUACGGACGCUCGGGAGGUAUCAACCCGGAACGGCCCUGGCAGACCUCCUCACUACCUUACAGCGGUGACCGGUACCUUAAGCCGGACUACCUGAGCCAAAACCCCAAGGGGCCAGCGUACAGCUUUGGGCAAAGAACAGGGAAAGGUGACGGGGCCUCUCCCGGCGUGGGGACUUACAGCCCCAACACUGACACAUUCAGCUUUCCAAGGAUGCGCCACGCUGUGUGGGGCCCGCCGCCACGGCGGCCGCCGUCGGCGCCCGCCCGCCCGCGCCCCGAGCCCGAGGAGGGCCGCCGCCGGCCCAAACCCAACAGCGCCCUCCCAGGUGCCACCUUUAAGGGGAAGCACUUCCCCGGCUGGUACACGGACGGCCCGGGACCCGCAUACAAGCCCUGCUGCGGAGGUCAUUGCUGUGACGCGUGCGAGAAAUACAACGGCGUUUCGUUCGGCGUCAAGCACCACAUACACCAGGAGCCUCCGACGCCAGCCCCGGACUACUACCGGGUAGCUUGCUCGUCGCUGGGCGCCGCCGCUGCUGGCCGCAGCGAAGAGGACCCCACUAAGACCUACUACCACAAGCCGGGGCGGAGAGACCACUCGUAUGCCAAUGGUCUGCGGCCCUGA